CAGCGUAGCUCCGUCAGUGCUUUCACAACAACAGGGGACGGAGACACUAACACCGCCUUCUCCGAGGACCCUUCCCAUAUCCCCCUUCGCGAAUACAUUUAACGGACAAAUGAAGUGACCCACAGAGAAAAAUGUCAUCGUUCCAGGUGGUGGACUCCUCGCCUGGCAGCAGUGUCAGUAUCAUGGAGAAGUCCAACUUUGCCCACGUCAUCUUCCAGAAUGUGGAGAAAAGCUUCCUUCCUCAGGCGCCACUGGAGUGUCAUUACACACUGACCUCCUAUAUUAUACCCAACCCCAAAGACUGGGUGGGCAUAUUCAAGGUGGGUUGGAGCACAGCCCGGGAUUAUUACACCUUCUUGUGGUCUCCAAUGCCUGAAAAUUACCAACCAGGAAGUACUGUGCACAGGACGGUGAUUUUCCAAGGCUACUAUGUUCCUAAAUCCGAUGGAGAGUUCUACCAGUUCUGUUAUGUCACACAUUCUGGUGAUAUCAGAGGAGCUAGCACACCCUUCCAGUUCAGAUCUGCCACGCCCACAGAAGACCUGCUGACUGUUACGGAAGACGAGGGCAACUCUGACAUCCUGGUGGUCACCACAAAGACGGGCCUACUGGAGAGAGUGGAGGAGGCUCAACUGGAGCGACGGGAGCUGCUGAAAGCAAUGCGCCUCCUUCAGGAAGAGAAGCAGCAGCUACAGGAGGAGCAGAAGCGUCUGGCCAGAGAGAGGGAGCAGGAGAGGGAGACAUGCUGCCUGCUCCGGACGCACAAUCAGGAGCUGCUGCGCUCAUCACAGGGCCUGUCAGAGGAAAGGGAGGAGGUGAGGAAGAGGCUGACGGAGGCCUCAGACCGCGUCCGUCAGCUGGAGGAGGACCUGCUCGGCGUGACUCAGCGAGGCCUGCAGAAGGAAACCGAGCUUGAUUGCCUGCGUGACCGUCUGAAAAAGCUGACAGCAGAGCGCGACAGUCUGGAGAGCCAGCUGAAGAACGAGAAGGACGAGCGAGACCACUACAAGGCUCAUCUGAGGAACACUGAGUUGGAGAACACUAAGCUCAGUGCUGAGCUGCAGAUGCUCAAGGCGGUGGAGCUGAACCGAGAGGUCACCAUUGCUCAGUUCCAGGAGGAGCUGGAGAGACUUCGGGCCUGUGUCGUGCAGCGGGACAACCUGGAGAAAGAGUUGCUGGCACACAAAGCAGACAAGGCAGAGCUGGCUCGUGUGCGCGAGCAGCUCCGUCAGGCUGAAGAGCAGUUGCAUGCAUCCAGACAACAAGCUUCCAUGUUGGCCUCAGAGCUCCGGGACUCAGCCAGCGCCAGAGAUCAGACGAUGAGCGAGCAUUACCUGGCCCGCCUGGAAGUGGACAAGCUCCAGCAGAGUUUAGCUGACGCUCAAGCCGAGUGCCAGCGCAUGGAGAGCCAGCUUGACCAACUGAGAAGCAUCGCCCACAAGGAAGUGGGGGUCUGCACCGGUGAGGAAUCGUGCACUGGCAUCGUAGCAGCAUCUGAGACUGAAGCUGAGCUGCAGAGGGAGGUGGAGGAGCUGAAGCUGCGCCUCCAUAUGGCUGCCGAGCACUACAAAGAAAAGUACCGUGAGUGCCAGCGGCUGCGUAAGCAGGUGGCCAAAUUGAACACGCCAGAGUCACAAGUGGAGUCAAAGAGAAAUGCAUGGACAGAGACAACACUGGAGCCCCUCACCCCCAGCCCAGAUUCUCCCACUGCAGGAAAUAUUGCAGCCCUUCAAGAAGCCUCCGAAUUGACAAUCUCCCCUGAGCUCAACAACAGCGUGUACAACGCUCGAACACACACAGCAAAUGAGAGCGAGCAUACAGUGAGCAUCAAGCUAGAAACUGUGAUGGAAGAAAACCUUAUGGAGGAGAGGGCGAUGAGUAUCAGUCUUCCAGAGGAGAGCCUGAGGAUGUCCAGCUGGGUGGAGGUGGAGAGCCAAAGGUCAAUCGCCAUAGAGAGCAGCGAAGUAGAAAAGGUGAGCGAAGGUGGCGAAAGGCAGGAGGUGGAGGAAAGCGUGGUGGGGGAGCUGCAGAAAGAGAAGACCAAAUCUGUGGUGGAGGAGCUGGCCAUGAUGGAGGAGAAAUGGAAGGAGCAGUGCGCCAUCAACGAGACGCUCAAACAGCGGCUGGCGGACGAGGAGGAGAGAUUCAGAGUGCACAUGGCGGAGCGAGCCAGCGAGGUAAUGGAGCUGAAGCACAACUUGGCUCAAGCCCUGAAGGACAAGGAGCAUCUGCAGGAGGAGCUGCAGCGCUUGGUCUCCAGGCAGAAGGAGGCGACGGGUGCCGAGUCCAAGAAGCCAUUGGUGCUGCGCUACCCGCUUCCGUACCCCCAGCAGCCCUCCCCUCCCCCGCUGGUUCCCCAGAGACCCGCUGAGCUGCAGUUCGGCAACCCUUACUCCACGGACCCGCUGGAUGACGGAACCGACGUGUCUCUGAGUCCCGAACAGCUGAUCCGUCCUCCGCCUGAGGCGCCGCCGUGCGCUCCGCCCUGCGCCCCCCCGGUGACCCCGCCCAACCCUGCAGCUCCUGGUUGGGAGGCAGUGGUGUGCAUCCAGCCCUCUCGCACCACCAGCCCCCUGGAGAGCAGCGAGAAGCCAGCAGAGGAGGCCGCCAAGGUGGGGGAGGCUGCCGUGCCAUGUUGCGACUACCAAGCCAGUCGCCCCAGUGACACCAGGAGGAGCUUCUGUUUCGACUCCAGCAAUGGCGAUGCCCACAAGCGCUGCCCGCUGUGCUCCGUCAUCUUCCCGCCGCACUUUGAGCAGCGCAGCUUCGAGCAGCACGUGGAGAGCCACUGGAAAGUCUGCCCCGUCUGCGCCCAGCAGUUCCCCCUGGACUGCCAGCAGCAGGCCUUCGAGCGACACGUCCUCACGCACUUCGACGGCCACGUGCUCAACUUCGAGCAGAUCGAGUGAGACCUCACCGCGCUUUACGCUUCAAUGUGUCGCCGGCUAGGUCAUUUCUAUUGGUUUCACCGUCCACAUCAGCACUUUUUACUGCUUGUUUUGCACUUCCUGUUCAUCUCACGUCAGUGAUGAAGACGGAAAGAGAAUUUUUUUUUGUAAGUGUAAAUCAGAGUCUUAAAGAGAUGAUAUCUAUGAUGGAUGGAGCUAUUUUUUAACUGCUGCUGCUGCCGGAGACGGCAAAUCAAAAUCAGCACUUUGAGAAUGAAGGCUUUACUCUGAAUGUAAUGUACAUACAAUCAGUGGAGGAGCUGUGGAGGCGCUUCUCUGGGUGGAUAUUCUGGUCUGUGGUGAGAACAGGUGGACAUGAGACGACACCCCCCGCACCUCUCACCCGCCCACCUUUGGUUUUUAAGUAUCGGCUCUGUGUGCAGGUCCAUCCAUCCAUCCAUCCACCCGCCUCUGUAUCGCUGACUCCUCUGCUCCCGCUAACGCAACCGUGUUUCCAAACUGAAGCUCACGAAACACCCACUAAUGUGUAACUGCUGUCUUCAUGUGAGAAUGUCAGGGUGGAGUGAAUAAACGUUCGUCGAAAACCACUGGAACUUUGGGUCUGUUUUUGAAGUUUUCACAGACCAAAGGAUGGAACUUUAUAUUUAGAGUUUUAGAUGAAUUACUUUGUUUAAGGAGCUCAAGGGAAAAAGAGCAUAACUGAAGCUGAAAUUGGAUCAAGAAAUGAGUUGAGAAAUACCAAAAAUAAUGCAGUGUUCUCAGAUUGAAUCAAUAAAGAAGGAUGUGAGAAAAUUGUAAACAACAUUAAGAUUAUUGUUUGUUAAAAGAUGGUGGAAAUUUGAAAAAAAAAAGAUAAAAUAAUUUAUUUCUAUUAGAGGCGGAACUCGAUAAAAGAAAAAAAAUAUGAAUGAAAUUAAUCUAUGAAUUCACCAUUGCUAUAAUCACGUUUUAGUAAUUGACUCCAUAAUAAUUAAAUAUCGGUUGGAUCUACGCACAUAAG